GGCCCAACUUGACACACCUCCGCGUGACACUCGAUCCGACCCGACCGACCGCACUAAAUCAAAUCAAAUACUGUUUUCGAUUUCCAACUCCCUGACUGAAGCUCACACCUCGUUUCAAUGGAUUUGUUUAAGAAGGCUAUACUGGAACCAGGUUCACCCGAAGAUUUCGCCCUCAAGUUAGUUCAGGAUGCUAUUAAACCUCAGAGGCAAACAAAACUAGUCCAAGAUGAAAAUCAGCUCUUGGAGAAUAUUUUACGCACACUGCUUCAGGAACUGGUGUCUUCUGCAGUUCAGUCGGGAGAAAAUAUUAUGCAGUAUGGUCAAUCAAUUUCUGAUGAGGCAUCCUCAGAGGGCCAAAUUCCACGAAUUCUUGACAUUGUGCUAUAUCUUUGUGAAAAAGAGCACAUUGAGGGUGGCAUGAUAUUCCAGCUACUAGAAGAUUUGACAGAGAUGUCUACAAUGAGAAAUUGCAAAGAUGUAUUUGGCUAUAUAGAGAGUAAACAAGACAUACUGGGGAAGCCAGAACUUUUUGCUCGGGGUAAACUUGUUAUGUUGAGAACAUGCAAUCAACUUCUUCGCCGACUGUCGAAGGCAAAUGAUGUCGUAUUUUGUGGGCGAAUUAUAAUGUUUCUUGCUCAUUUCUUCCCGUUGUCAGAGCGUUCAGCGGUGAACAUAAAGGGAGUUUUUAACACAUCAAAUGAGACAAAGUAUGAGAAAGAUACUCCUGAUGGAAUUUCUAUUGAUUUCAACUUUUACAAAACAUUUUGGGGUUUACAGGAGAAUUUUUCGAACCCUGCCUCCCUACUUCAUGCUCCGACCAAGUGGCAUAAAUUUAAUUCCUCUUUGAUGGUUGUGUUAAAUACCUUUGAAGCUCAGCCUCUGAGUGACGAGGAGGGCAAUGCUAAUAACCUUGAGGAUGAGGCAGCUACCUUCAAUAUAAAAUAUCUUACUAGUAGUAAAUUGAUGGGUCUAGAGUUAAAAGAUUCGAGCUUUCGCCGCCACAUUCUAGUUCAGUGCCUAAUUUUGUUUGAUUAUCUAAAGGCUCCAGGAAAGAGUGAGAAAGAUUUCUUUACUGAAACAGUGAAGGACGAAAUAAAAUCUUGUGAGGAGCGGGUAAAGAAGCUUCUUACCAUGACUCCACCUAAAGGGAAUGAAUUUCUUCAUAGUAUUGAGCAUAUACUUGAACGUGAAAGGAAUUGGGUAUGGUGGAAACGUGAUGGUUGCCCACCAUUUGAAAAGCAACCAAUAGAUAGAAAAUCAGUUCAAGAUGGAAUCAAAAAACGAAAGCCAAGGUGGAGACUUGGGAAUAAGCAACUUUCUCAAUUGUGGAAGUGGGCUGAAGAUAAUCGGGAUGCAUUGACUGACCCACAACGUGUGCGCACUCCUGAUAUCACAGAAUAUUGGAAACCCUUGGCUGAUGAUAUGGAUGAAGCAGCUGGAAUAGAAGCAGAGUACCACCACAAGAAUAAUCGGGUUUAUUGUUGGAAAGGUCUUCGAUUUUCAGCACGACAAGACUUGGAAGGUUUUUCUAAGUUUACAGAAUAUGGUGUUGAAGGUGUUGUGCCUCUAGAUCUUUUGCCAUCUGAAGUACGAUCAAAAUAUCAAGCUAAACCAGCUGAUAGGUCAAAGCGUGCCAAAAAGGAAGAAACAAAAAGUUCCACAAAUCAAGCUGAAGAGAAUCAGAAUGCAACCCCUGCAAGUGAGGUUGAUGGUGAAGGAAGCAGAGUGGAUCUUGAAGCCUCGGCAGCUCAAAUGGAUGCCGACAAUGCAACUGGAAAUAUUUCACAGAGCGGAACUCCAACACCGGAGGAUCAACAGAAACAAAGCUCUGACACAGAUGGUCAGGAAGCAGGACAAAUAGAAGCUGAUGCUGAGGCAGAGCCUGAGAUUGUAGACGGAGAGACGGAUGCAGAUGUUGAUAUGGUUGCAACAGUUUGAAACAUGCAAGCAUUUGUCAGGUCGCUACAUGCAGCAAUUUCAUAAAAGCAACUACUCGUAGCUGGUGCUUUCAUGUUAUAUAUGCAAUGUUCCGGUCAAGAUUAAUAUUGUGUACCGGUUUGUCCUCCCUCAUUUGCUCUCUUCUAUCUAUCAUUGUCUGAUCUCUUGGAUAAAAGGGAAGCUCUAGUCUUAUAUGUUCCCUUCAUUUUAUAUUUAGAAAAUCAAGCGAGGGCUAUAGUUACAAAUUCAAAGAAGCUCUGCAUUGUAUCAUCAAUUUUCCCAUAUUCUCUGGGAAGAUUAGUUUUCUGUAAGCAAAUAUCUGUUAAAUUUGCUCUCUUGAAUAUAGUAAUCAGCCAUAAUUGAUGUUGGCCUUCAUUUUUUUCAA